AUGAGACCUACCCAAGCCCUCUCCGUCGGCCGAUACCGCCACCUCAAGCUCACCACCAAGGAUGUCGGCAAGGGCUUUUACAAGGGUAACCGUACCGGUUCAAUGGGUCGACACACAAAGUAUGGAGGCUAUGUGAUCGAGUGGAACAAGGUCCGGACAUAUGCUGUGCCGAAUCUCAAGGACUUCAAGCUCACCCCGUUUGUGAGCCGCCAAGUCAAGGCGGAACCCGGUGACUACCAAGGCCUCGACAAGGGUCCUCAAGACCCCUACUUCUACGUCGAGCAGUGGAAGCGAUACAACGGUGUGGAUUGA